AUGACAGAUAGUCCCUGGUCCACCUUGAUGCUCCCUGGAAAAAUGGAGAUGGCAGAAGAAGAAGAUAUAAAAUUUAUCACCGAUGAGAAGUUUGACUUUGGUCUGUCUUCUCCUUCAGACAGCCAGGAGGAGGAGCGUGUCGAGGAGGAGGAGCUCCGGCACGUUGACAGGGGCGUGGCACAAAGGCUCGACCUGAACGUGCAGCAGAGGGAGGGCGCCAGAGAGUGCCUGGCCCGAUGGAGCCCGCUGAGUCCCGAGAAGCUGGAGGAGAUCGUGAAGGAGGCCAACCGGCUGGCCGUGCAGCUGGAGAGAUGCAGCCUGCAGGAGAAGGAAAACGCCAGCUCCAGGGCGCUGGGUCCAGCCGGGGAGCCCCUUAUGCCCGCGCGGCUCCUGCACAAGGAGCGGGCGAGCCCCCGGAGCCCCCGGCGCGAGACCUUCGUGGUGAAGAACAGCCCUGUCAGGGCGCUGCUGCCCACCGUGGAGCCAGGAACGCCCCUCCCCCUGGGGAAAAGCCCCUCGCCAUGUGCCAGAGCAACGCUGACUCCCCCCCGCCUCCGACACAAGCUGGGCAGCUGCUCCGCUGGCAGCGAACGGCUCCGUAAGAAAUCCACCCCCAGCAAGGGCCCUGCUCUGUCGCCCACAAAGAGACCUCAGAGCAGCAAGAAGCUGAGCCUCCAGGACCCGCCCCACAGCCGUGCGUCGCCCGCAGCGGGGAGGAGAGAACCGAUGGGCCCCAGGUCGUCCCCCGCCCAGCCCCGCCCUGCACAGGAGCCCUCGCCGCCCCGCAGGAGAGCAGAACCACUUCAGGAAGCAAGUGCAGGUCGGGCUAAGGCCUCCAGGGAUGAUGCUCCCCAGCUCCCAGCCAGCGCCGGGCCUGCCCGCAGUGCACAUGCCCACCAGACCCAGGCCACGAGCACGGCCGCCCCUGUGCCCACGAGUCGCCACCUGAUGCCCAGCGGCAUCCCCAAGCCAGCCAGUCGCAAUGUCGUCCUGAGCAGGGCUGCCGUGUCCAGGAGGCCCAGCCAGCCGCAGCCCAUGGGCCAUGGCUCAGCUGGCAGGAGGGUGCUGCCGAGCGCAGCCGGACAGAGAGGCCCCGGCCCCCAGCGGGCAGCCCCUCCAGGCAGCAGGCUGCAGCCGCCCCGGAAGGUGACCUUGCCCAGCUCUCUGAGGUAA